CAUCUGACUUUAUGUAAAUUCUCAUAUUAUCGGAUGAAUUAAUUUGUCAAUUUGUGUUAAUAUAAAAAUGUUGAUGAAUAAAAGUUAGAUGAACGAAAUAAAUAAUAAUGAAUGUACAAUUUUAAAUUAAAAUUUGAAAACGAUCAUUUAACCAGGCCUGGUAAGGUUAGUGUUAAUUUGCUUUUAGCCAUGGAAAAGAUAUUUUACGAUACGAUAUUGUUAAUACGAUAGUACGGCUGAGUCAUUUCGCGAUUAUGAUACAAUAUCGUUGUUCAUAGUCAUACUACGUCAUGGACGAGAUAUCUUGUGCAUUUGCUUAUUAUGACAAAAGUUGCAAUUAUAAAAAAACAGACUCACGGGACAUCUCAACGGCAACGCAGUACGAAUAUUGUGUCGAUAGAUACAUUGCCCGUAACAAUAUACGAACGGUAUUUUGUCGCGAAUAACUUGUCUGUGUCAUCGUGCAAAUGGUAUUGUGUCGCAACAUAUCUCGUCAAUGGUUACGAAGCGGGUAAUGAUUUAUUUGACACGCUACAUACACUACGUUAGAAAAAAUUUUUAAUUUAAGGAUUCUUGAAAGUAAAUUUAUGGUCUACUGAAAGGUAACUGUUCUAUAAUAUGUUUAAGUAUAACUAUUCACAAUGUCAUUAAUUAAUAUUUUAAAUAAUGUUAAAUACAAAGUAAUAGAUACAGAAAGUGUGAUUUGUUUGACGUGAAAUUUGUUUUCAGGUGUUCUUAAAUAUACCAAUGUUUCGUUUUUAAUCCUCUUUCAAUUUUUUCUAUAAUAUACUGAAUAAUUACUUUUUACUAUUUCAACCAUCCUUUUCAAUAUGUAAUUUUUUUCUAUAUACAUAUUUUUCUUUUUUGAAAAAUUUUAUCUGCAACUAUCUAAAGUUUAAUGAGUUUUAGAACGGUUUCCAUUCCUAUCGUGGUUUGAGUAUCGAUUUCUUGAUAACUAUAGAAGUGACAUGUGAUGUUAUUGGUGCAGAAUGUAAAUUAAAUUUUCUUUUUACAUCAUCCAUAGAAAUAAAUUUCAUAAUAAUAUUACGAAACUAAUUUAAGAAGAUAAAGCAACAGGAUAAGAAACCAUUUCGAAAGAAUCAACAAUGUCGAGCAGUAUGUUGUUAAGCCUCUCGGAAACUUUAAAUACAUCCGAAGCUGCACUUCGUCUUCUUAUCUCCAUUUUUCUUGGAUUACCCAUCGCCCUUCUUCACAGAUAUACUUUGUACGGAAAAUGUCCAGUUUUUCAACAUAUAUUUUUUGCAACCUGUGGCGUUUUGAUUUGCUUAUGGAAUUAUGGGCUCAAUAUACUUCACUCAGCAGCAGCAAUGUAUGUUACAUAUUGUGUCUUAAAACGCCUUGGUGGUUCCUCUUUAUCUGUUGUCAUUAUUUUUAUCUUCAAUAUGGCUUAUCUUCUAUGCGGAUAUUAUAUGACAAGUACAGAUGACUAUGAUAUAAAAUGGACUAUGCCACAGUGUGUAUUAACUCUGCGAUUAAUUGGUCUUGCGUUCAAUUUGCUGGACGGUCAAAAACCCGAGGAAAAAUUGUCUGUAUCGCAGAAACAAGUGGCCUUGAAAGAACAACCAACGUUUUUAGAGAUUGCAGCAUUUGCAUAUUUUCCAGGAUCGUUUCUCGUUGGGCCACAAUUUAGCAUGAAAAGGUACUUAGACUAUGUAAAUGGACGAUAUACGAUGAUCGAUACGAAUUCUUUCUCUAUGAAAGAAGAAAUUGAACUUCAUGAUUGUAUCAUUCCUGGUAUUUCUCGAAUGUUUGUUGGAUGUAUAUACUUGACAUUCUAUCAAUUAGGGACUUCAUACAUUCCCAAUCAAUAUCUAUUGAGUGCAGAAUUCCGAGAACAGACAUUCUUGAAACGUCUUUUUACGAUUGGCUUUUGGGGUCAUUUCAAUCUGUAUAAAUAUAUUUCUUGUUGGUUAUUAGCUGAAGGGGUUUGUACAACUUUUGGUUUAACUUAUAAUGGAAAGGAUGAGAAAGGUCGUCCUCUGUGGAAUGGUUGUGAAAAUGUUAAAUUGUUAAAAUUUGAAACAGCAACUCAGUUUAAUGAUUAUAUCUUAUCAUUUAAUAUAAACACUAAUAAUUGGUGCGCGGAAUAUAUUUACAAGAGAUUGAAAUUUCUGGGAUCAAAAAUAUAUAGUCAGUUUUUCACCCUGGUGUUUCUCGCAGUUUGGCAUGGACUUCAUUCAGGAUACUAUGUAUGCUUCUUCCUCGAGUUUAUUAUCAUGUAUGCUGAAAAAGAUUUAUCUCAAAUAUUGAAGAGACAACAGAAAUUACAAAGCUUAUUAAACAGUCGUCCAGAACUUCAAAUUCUCACAUGGAUUCUUAUGAACAUGUACACAUUUAUUUUUAUGGGUUAUUGUCUUGUUUGUUUUACAUUUUUGUCAUACCCUCGUUAUCAUCAAGUUUACUUUUCUAUUUAUUAUUGUGGUCAUAUAAUAUAUCUCUCUUAUCCACUGAUUUCACUAUUUAUUAAGAUAUUUUUUCUAAAAAAACGGUCUAAAAAACUUGAAGAGUAAUGUAAAUGUAAAAAAGUUUCUGAAUAAGUUUUAACUUUUUAUUGAUGAUGCUAAAUAUAAGGAAAGUGAUAGAAAUGAAAUAGUGAAGGGUACAUUGUCUUCAAAUACUGGGAUCGCACACAAUUUGUUGAAGUACAAGAAGUAUUUAUAAACUAUUUUUGAAAAGUGCCAAUUAAGAUAAUAAAAUAUACAAUAGAUUUUUUAUGAAUAGUAGACGGUUGUAAUUUCUGUAUAAAUAAAAGAAAAUUUAUGUUUUAACCUCCCAGAAAUGACCUAUUUAUACUUUUGGAAAUCUUUUUUUAAGAAGGAAAAGAAAUGGAAAAUUUCACUAAUCUUUAAUCUUUCAUUAAGCAAGAACUUAAUAAAUUUGCAAUGUAGGAGUAUGGUUUUUUAAUCAUACCUAAUGCUUAUAUCUUGACAUGUUCGUUUUAGGUAUUUGAAAAAACAUUUUAUUUUUGGAAAAUAUUUGUAAUUUCAUAUUGUGACUAAUAGAUAUAAACAGAUACUUAAUACUAUUUAAGGAUUUAUUUUAUGUGAUAUUGUACACUAAAUAUAAAAAAUUACACCUUCCUCGAUUAAUAGAUGGAAUUAACUUUUGAGGACGUACAAAAUAUUUUUUGUAUAAACUUUAAUACGUACAAAAUAUUUAAGAGAGCUAUUAUAAAUAUCUUUUAUCAAUAUUUUAAUUGAUGCGUUUUAAGAAAAUUAUUUCUUUUUGCAAAAAGAAUUGUGUUAGCAUCACUUUAGACAUAAUUUAAGUAGUAAACACUAUGCUAAAGUUUCUGUUCUUUUAAAAAUAUGAUGCAUUUAAGGAUUGAAAUAUGUAAAGGUAUGAUAUAUGAUUGAUGAAGGUAUGAUUAUAUAAAUAAAUUAAAUUAUUGUUUGUAGUAAUUUAAAAAGUUAAAAUGUGUGAAAUCAAUUUUUCAUUUUCGGUUAAAUUAUAAUCAGAAUUAUAAACGUUGUCGAUUUCACAUGAUUAUUUUAUUUAAUAUGUAUUAUCAUCGUAACCUUAUAUUGUUAAAUAUAUUUAUAUUUAUAACCUUUUGAGUGCCAAAGUUGAUCGAAAAAAUGUAUGUAUACGAAAAAUGUCAAAUUGUGCGAUCGCUCUCGAGCGAAUUAUGUAAUUAAAUUAUGUAGCACUUAAAACUUUCCAUGCCAAUCUAUUUUCGGUAAAAGUUGAAUUUUUUAUUAAAAUAAUUGUCCCCAUAGUGCACGUAAAACAAGUUUAUAAGUGUUAAGAUAAAGAAGUAAGUAUGUACACUGUUUGUAGUACAUAUGGUUUGAAUGGAAAAAUUACGCGAAAAUAGUGUGACAUGGAAACCGUCAAGCGGUUAAAAGUAUUUACAAAUUGAUCAAUUUAAAGCCAAAUUGUUUCUUUGUCUUAAAAGAAUGAUAUUUUAAAAUAAAUUGUUUGCAUAGAUAUUGAGUUAAAACUUAAGUUCAAUUAUAAGAUUGUAGGAAAGAGUGCAUAUUAAGUUGAGUACUAAGUUCGUUUAUUUAUAAAUGCAAGACUCGUGGUAAUUAUUGAAAUUUUCGGGUAUAAGCUGUGCUCUAAAAUACAUAUUCCGACAUAUAUUUCAUCAAGAUAAUAGUUAGCUUUAUUACGAAUAAAAAAGUAUACUCGAUUUCUGUCCCAUUUGGGUUCAGUGGACUUCUUGUUACAAUGAUGAUGCUAACUAAACGAAACGUCAGAAUAAUUCUUUCAAAACCUUAUCUAACACGUUCUUCAAAAAAUGUUCGAUUGUUUCGAAAAAUGUCUAUCUCAUGAUUUCAAUGGUUAUGAUAAUUAAACAUAUCAGGUUAAGUUAAGUCCUCCAAGGAUGUAUAUGAUUGUAUAUAAUUUAGUAAGUACUUCUGUAUGUAGUAUGUAUUUUGUAAUAGGUAAAACUUUUUUGAUGAUGAGUGAGUGCAGCAUUAUUUUUGAUAUUUAAUAUUGCUUUAUUUCUGGAAAGAACAAUGUAGGUUUUUAAGAAAUAAACAAAAAUAAAAAUUUGUCACAUAUGGUAAAGAUGUAGGUAGUAAAUUCACAAAUAAUAUCUAUUUGAGAAAGUAAAGGCAAGUAAAUAAAGUUUAAUGUUAAUCGAAUACCUAUAAUGGUUACAAAUUAUAUAAGACAUAAAAUUUUAAAUAAUAUUUCUGGAAAGAACAAUGUAGGUUUUUAAGAAAUAGACAAAAAUAAAAAUUUGUCACAUAUGGUAAAGAUGUAGGUAGUAAAUUUACAAAUAAUGUCUAUUUGAGAAAGUAAAGGCAAGUAAAUAAAGCUUAAUGUUAAUCGAAUACCUAUAAUGGUUACAAAUUAUAUAAGACAUAAAAUUUUAAAUAUUUAACACAAAUCAUAGUAGUUUCUGGUAUUUAAACAAAUUGAAGAUCUGUGAUUGAAAUAAUUAAUUGGAAGGCAACAAAUUAUGUUGGACAGUGUUGAUAAAGGAAAAACACUAAUCUAAACCGCAGUAACAAUCUAAGAAUGUAUUUUUGAUAAAAUUGAGAGAAUGACUUUAUUAUAAUGUUUUAUCAAAAAAGCAGACAAUUACUGCUGAUAAAUAUUGUGUAUAAGUUAAUCAUAGGCAAUGAAAAAAGAAAAUUAGUUACCAUUAUUUUUCACUAGAAUAAUGUUACCAAUGCAAUUUGGUUGGAAAUUAUUAUGUUUUGAAUAUGUAUUUACAUAGAAUUCUGAGAAAAUAUGUCCAUAUCAUUUUAUAAUAGGAAGGAAAGUUUUACAGUGAUAAAGUAAAGAAAUGAUAUAAUUGCAAGAAGUAAAAAGUGAUAAAAUAAAAUGGUUUAUACUUCUUUUAUUAGGCAUAUUUAUCUUGCAAGAAAAGGAAUGAAUUUACUACUCAAUCUAAUGUAUUGCAAAGGAAAUGUAUAAAUAGAUAAGUAAAUACUUUUACCCAAAGAAGAUAGGAUAAAAUAUUUAGAAAAUGUUUUUGGAAGUUAUAAUAAUUCAAAAGAAUCUUUCUGAAUGUGUGAAAUACUUUUAUAGAUUGUUUAAACAAGUAAGACUAAUUUUUACAGUAAAAGUUGUAAUACUAACUACAGGUUUACAAUUUUUUACAGAUAUACAAGCGAACAUAAUGAAUAUUUUUUCAUUGUUAUUGCAUUUUAAGCAGUCAAGUUAUUUAUAAAAAUAUCUUUUUAAAUGAAGUAAUUUUUUAAUAUACUUGUAUAUCAAAAUUAUGAACUUGGAAUUGUAAACUAUAUCAUUGUUUGUUAUCCUUUUAUAUUCUGUUCCAAAUAAAUUUGCAUUAAAUUAAA